GCAGGAGCACGGUCGCCAUCUCUGGGUAAACACUGUAACCGAAUCACGCAGUUGAUAUUGUGUGUGUGUGAGUGUGUGCGUGUGUGUGAGUGAGUGUGUGUGUGUGUGUAGGAGCUACAGUAGCAGCAGCAGCAGGCGGUGCUAUGCUGCCUGCACCAGCGGACACACAUCUCCAAUGCGGGACUACUGACGCUUUGUUUGUGCACAUCGGGACUGUCACCUCACAUGUUCGGACGCUCCCCUCUUUCUGACAUUGGUCGUGUGAAUGGGACUGCAUGCAUCGAGUUAACAUGGGAUGUUAACAGAGGACGCUUCUGUAGCGCGUGCACAGCUAAGGGACUGUAGUGCGCUUGGUAAUGUUUGCCAAGGAAUAAAACGGUGUAGCCAAAAGGUGCAAAACAUCUCGUUUCCAUGGACAACACGUCCAUAAUAACACAGGUUGCAAAUCCGAAAGAGGAGGAGAGCAUCUCUUCAAGUCAAGAUAAAGUCUCCCAGUCCAACAGCAGCCUAAAGAAGCAUCGCAGCCGGAGCAUCUUCAGCCCCUUCUUCUGCUGCUUCCGAAACUACAAUGACUACCACGCGGACCCCCCACCCUCCAACAACAAGACCCUGUCCUUGCCCCCGACGCCCGAGGAGAACGGCAGUCCUCCCAAGCCUCCAGCCAAGCCCCUGCUGCCGGAGGUCAGUAAAGCUGACUACGGCAAAAACUGUGUGGUGAUCGACCUCGAUGAGACCCUGGUCCACAGCUCCUUCAAGCCCAUCAGCAAUGCCGACUUCAUCGUCCCGGUGGAGAUUGAUGGCACCGUUCAUCAGGUGUACGUGCUGAAGAGGCCGCACGUGGACGAGUUCCUCCAGAAGAUGGGGGAUCUCUUUGAAUGCGUCCUCUUCACAGCGAGCUUAGCCAAGUACGCUGACCCUGUGGCGGACCUCCUGGAUCAGUGGGGGGUGUUUCGCGCCCGGCUCUUCAGGGAAUCCUGUGUUUUCCACAGAGGAAACUACGUCAAAGACCUCAGCCGGCUGGGCCGAGAGAUCAGCAAAGUCAUCAUCGUAGACAACUCACCUGCCUCCUACAUCUUCCACCCUGAGAACGCAGUCCCAGUGCAGUCGUGGUUUGACGACUUGACGGACACGGAGCUGCUGGACCUGAUUCCUCAGUUUGAGGGUUUAGCAAAGGAGGAGGACGUUUACAGUUUGUUACAGAGCGUGAGGAACAGGUAGCAGACGGCAGAUCUAGCUGGACUUUCAAUCCUCGGCUACUCUCCUCUUAUUGUGGCUCUGAAUCUGAGGACUUCAUGCGCUCUUUCCACUGAAAUCAAGACACAGCCGCUGUAGGGAGUCUCUCCAUCUCUGGAUCCUUUGUACAGGACUGACAAAAGAUGAUAUCACUGUAUGUACAUACUAUAUGUUUCUAAGCAAGACAUGCAUAAAGUAAUUUUUCUAUCAGAUCGCGGAGGUUUUACUAUCCUGUCAAGUAAUAUUUUAGUUACCAAAAAUUAGACGGAACCAAGAGUUUUUGUUGGAUGGGUGACCUUUUUUUGUGUUUGUGUUGAGCUGUGCUAUGCAGGCCGUUGUUUCUUGUCUGACCUUUAAUUCAAACUGUGAUUUAUCUUCUCUUACAGAAUGAAGUGCCUUCAUUACUGUGCUGGUUUUGUUGUGUCAGGUGAUGGGGUGCACAUUUUUAUGCUGCGUAUUUACUCAAGUCUCCAAUUGCGUAUUAUCUAAAUCUUGAAUUGAAAAUAAGUCUUUGUUAAUUGUCAUUUAAUUUGAGAAAAAAAUAAGAAAUUGGAGAAAUGUAUAGCCUGUUAGAGCUCUUUGAGUUUAGUGGCAUUGAAUUGUUAAAUUUACCAAAGAUUUCUACAAUUCAAUGUGAUUUAUGACUGAAUGACGUCAUUUGAUUCUUGACAGUGACUGUAAAUUGAAAAAAUUAACCUUGAAAAAAAAAACGUUGUGACAUCACCGUCCAACAAUACAUGUAAAACGUUGAGGAAAAUAUAAGAAUUAGCUUAGAAUAAAUUAAAUUCUAUUUAUUGGGGUAAACGAGGGUUCGGGGCAUUGUAAAGACUGCUGUUGAAAUCGUACUGUACAACAUUAUUAAAGUUGCAAGUUUGCACAAUCUCA